AUGAGGUUGUUUACUUUUGUAGUAGCUCUUGCUGCAUGCGUUGCUGCAGUCUCCUCAAGCGAAAUUCCUGAAUGGAGUACAUCAUGGAACUACAUACAGAGAAUAGGCAUCCCCAAAGCAAAGCGGAUUCGCGCUGCCGAAGAGCAAUACUUGGCUUCAAGAAUCACCGGCGGGUCGCCUGCUAAUUUAGGCGAAUUUCCCUAUCAGGCUGGACUGCUAUCUAGUAUCACAGACUCAACCGACCAGGGUAUCUGUGGAGGUGUCCUUCUCUCAUCGACCAGAGUCCUCACAGCUGCCCAUUGUUGGGACGACGGAUUCUCACGCGCUUGGCAAUUCGAAGUUAUCCUUGGUUCAGUACUGAUAUACUCCGGUGGUGUCAGAAUUUUUUCUGAGGAUGUUGUCAUGCACGCUGGCUGGUCGAUCUCAACCAUCCGUAACGACAUAGCCAUGAUUCGUUUGCCCCAGGCCGUUCAGUUCUCAAUAGCUCUUGCUGCUUGCGUUGCUGCUGUCUCCUCAAGCGAAAUUCCUGAAUGGAGUACAUCAUGGAACUACAUACAGAGAAUAGGCAUCCCCAAAGCAAAGCGGAUUCGCGCUGCCGAAGAGCAAUACUUGGCUUCAAGAAUCACCGGCGGGUCGCCUGCUAAUUUAGGCGAAUUUCCCUAUCAGGCUGGACUGCUAUCUAGUAUCACAGACUCAACCGACCAGGGUAUCUGUGGAGGUGUCCUUCUCUCAUCGACCAGAGUCCUCACAGCUGCCCAUUGUUGGGACGACGGAUUCUCACGCGCUUGGCAAUUCGAAGUUAUCCUUGGUUCAGUACUGAUAUACUCCGGUGGUGUCAGAAUUUUUUCUGAGGAUGUUGUCAUGCACGCUGGCUGGUCGAUCUCAACCAUCCGUAACGACAUAGCCAUGAUUCGUUUGCCCCAGGCCGUUCAGUUCUCAAUAGCUCUUGCUGCUUGCGUUGCUGCUGUCUCCUCAAGCGAAAUUCCUGAAUGGAGUACAUCAUGGAACUACAUACAGAGAAUAGGCAUCCCCAAAGCAAAGCGGAUUCGCGCUGCCGAAGAGCAAUACUUGGCUUCAAGAAUCACCGGCGGGUCGCCUGCUAAUUUAGGCGAAUUUCCCUAUCAGGCUGGACUGCUAUCUAGUAUCACAGACUCAACCGACCAGGGUAUCUGUGGAGGUGUCCUUCUCUCAUCGACCAGAGUCCUCACAGCUGCCCAUUGUUGGGACGACGGAUUCUCACGCGCUUGGCAAUUCGAAGUUAUCCUUGGUUCAGUACUGAUAUACUCCGGUGGUGUCAGAAUUUUUUCUGAGGAUGUUGUCAUGCACGCUGGCUGGUCGAUCUCAACCAUCCGUAACGACAUAGCCAUGAUUCGUUUGCCCCAGGCCGUUCAGUUCUCAAUAGCUCUUGCUGCUUGCGUUGCUGCUGUCUCCUCAAGCGAAAUUCCUGAAUGGAGUACAUCAUGGAACUACAUACAGAGAAUAGGCAUCCCCAAAGCAAAGCGGAUUCGCGCUGCCGAAGAGCAAUACUUGGCUUCAAGAAUCACCGGCGGGUCGCCUGCUAAUUUAGGCGAAUUUCCCUAUCAGGCUGGACUGCUAUCUAGUAUCACAGACUCAACCGACCAGGGUAUCUGUGGAGGUGUCCUUCUCUCAUCGACCAGAGUCCUCACAGCUGCCCAUUGUUGGGACGACGGAUUCUCACGCGCUUGGCAAUUCGAAGUUAUCCUUGGUUCAGUACUGAUAUACUCCGGUGGUGUCAGAAUUUUUUCUGAGGAUGUUGUCAUGCACGCUGGCUGGUCGAUCUCAACCAUCCGUAACGACAUAGCCAUGAUUCGUUUGCCCCAGGCCGUUCAGUUCUCAAUAGCUCUUGCUGCUUGCGUUGCUGCUGUCUCCUCAAGCGAAAUUCCUGAAUUGAGUACAUCAUGGAACUACAUACAGAGAAUAGGCAUCCCCGAAGCAAAGCGGAUUCGAGCUGCCGAAGAGCAAUACCUGGCUUCAAGAAUCACCGGCGGGUCGCCUGCUAAUUUAGGCGAAUUUCCCUACCAGGCAGGACUACUCUCUAGCAUCACAGGCUCAAACAACCAGGGUAUCUGUGGAGGUGUCCUUCUCUCAUCUACCAGAGUCCUCACAGCGGCCCAUUGUUGA